CCACCACCCAAUUUCCGGGUAGCCUUCGGAUGAAACACAAUGGAUAAUUGUGAAAAAUAUUUAAUGUGAACGACAAAGAGAUUAAGUGACAACGAGAGGCGGUUUUUCAUGUCUGGAUAAACACGUCCUAGUGAACUUUGAAGCUUCUCAGGCUAGAUUAGCUUGCUAGCUGCUAACAAAGAGACCCGGAAGUUAACACAUAGCUAAGCAGAGAUCAUGUAUGCGUGUAAAGUGUUGUGAAUGCUGAGAGCGUUGGUGAAUCGGCCACUAACUGCGGCUGUUGAAUAAAUAUUUGUAGUGUUGGAAAGAACGAUAGCAGAGUAAGAGGAGGAACUUUCUCGUACAAAAGCGGAGAACGAGCGACAACGUCAACUACUGGACGCUGUUUUCAGCUUGCAGGGUAAGCGGGCAUAACUCAGUGAAGACGUCAGUUAAGAACAUCUUCCGCAACAGCAGUGGAACUCCAGGAUGAAGCAGGAGGAGCUACAGCCCCCCCACAUUAAAAAGGAAGCAGAGGAGCCACAGCCCCCGCACAUUAAACAGCAAGAGGAGGAGCCACAGCCCUCUAACAUUAAAGAGGAAACGGAAGAGCCACAGCACCCUGACAUUAAAGAGGAAGAGGAGUAUCACAGCAUCAGUCAUCUUGAAGGACUUGAGUUCCCAGUAAUUGGUGACUCUGUGAAGAGUGAGGAUGAUGAAGGUCAAAGUGAAGGGAAGAGAGAGGUGGAGCCUCCAAGCAGCAGCUCAACUCAACACAUGACAACAGAAACUGAUGGAGACCACUGUGGAGGAUCACAAGCACACAACCUCUUAGCUCCACUAUCAGAUAGUGACGACACAACGUCACACUCUCCUGACACUGAUGAUGAAGACUCUAAAGCUGAUAUGACAUGUCACACUGACAACACACGCUGGAAAUGCUCUCAAUGUGACAAAACUUUUGCUCACAAGAGAAAUCUGAAAAUACACAUGAGACAUCACACGGGGGAAAAACCUUUCGCCUGCUCAGUUUGUGGAAAAAGAUUCUCUCAGCAGUCAAAUUUAAAAGUACACACAAGAAUACACACUGGAGAGAAACCUUUUCCCUGCACGGUGUGUGGUAAAACAUUCUCUCAAAAAGAUGAUUUAAAAAAACACACACGAAUACACACUGGAGAGAAACCUUUUUCCUGCCUAGUUUGUGGUAAAUGUUUCUCUCAGAAAAUAACUUUGAUAGUACACGCAAGGACACACACUAGAGAAAAAAACUUUUCUUGUUCUGUGUGUGGUCAGCGAUUCACAAAUAGUGCAAACUUAACUGAACACAUAAGAAUCCACACCGGAGAAAAACCCUUUUCCUGCUUAAUUUGUUUUAAAGGAUUCAUUGGGAAGUCAAGUUUGAAUAAACAUACAAGAAUACACACUAGGGAGAAUCCUUUUCCUUGCACAGUGUGUAGUAAAAUAUUCUAUCACAAAGGGGAUUUAAAUAGACACACCAAAAGACACACUGAAGAGAAACCUUUCCCUUGCACAGUGUGUGGUAAAAGAUUCUUUCAAAAAUGCGAUCUAAAAAGACACAAAAGAAUACACACGGAAGAGAAACCCUUUCCUUGCGCGGUGUGUGGUAGAAGAUUCUAUCAAAAUGGUGACUUAAAAAGACACACAAGAAUACACACUGGAGAAAAACCUUUUUCUUGCGUUGUUUGUGGUAAAAGUUUCUCUCAGAAGAUAACUUUGACAGUUCAUACAAGAACGCAUACCAGAGAAAAAAACCUUUCUUGUUCAAUAUGUGGACAGCGAUUCACAAAUAGUACAAACUUGACUGAACACAUAAGAAGCCACACUGGGGAGAAUCUUGAAAACGUUUCUUCAAGGAUGCAUCCAGCUAGACAAUAAGGAAAAAACUAUGAAUAAGAAAGACAGUAUUACUCUGUAAAAACUAAAAUUGCGUAACAGAAGGAUUCCUAAUGUUGCUAACUGACAUUAUUAUGAAAUGUUUACAAUGUGUGUUUCAUCAAUCACAUAGGAACACACUUUUGUUCUUUGCCACUUGAGAAUUGUACAUUUGACCCUUAAUAAAAUAAACACACACAAGGGGCUCGCAAGGGUUGCGUCAGGAAGUGUAUGUGGUGUAAACAUCUCAAAUCAAUCAGCAACAAACAGCCUAAAACAGGCCUAAUGAUGUCAGUAGUUCCACUCAGUGAUGCUGUUAAUGUUUUUUUGUCUUCACGUGUCCUAUGAUGGUCUGUUUUUGUCAAUAAAGUU